GCCGCCGGCGGGGCUGUCAGCGCCUCUGGGGCUCCCACGGUCCUGCUGUGGCCGCCCGGGGCACGCGAGGGUUAACUUCGCGGGGGGCGUGGACAGCGGAGCGGCCGGCAGAGGCGGCCAGGGGACCCGUUGGGUCCAGCUCCGGCCCAGCGAGCCUCUGGGUCGCCACCAGGGCUCCCGCAGGCAAGCGGGGAGAGGCCUGGGGGCCGCUGCAGCACCCUCGCCCCGAUUUCCACCGGGGAGCAGGAGAGAGCCUCGAGGCAUCCACUCGGGGCGCGUGGGGCGCCGGGGAUGAAGCCCGGAGACGAUGGGCCGGCGGCAGACUCUGAGUGCGAGGCGGUGGACGUGCCCCCGGGCCCCGCGGGCGGCGCGGUGCGUCUGUGCGGCCACCUGCGCAAGCAGAAGUCCCAGCGCCGCCGCUUCUUCGUGCUGCGCGCGGACCCGCCGCGCCUGGACUGCUUCGAGAGCGAGAAGAAGUUCCGCGGGGGCCGCGCGCCGCCCAAACUCAGCGUGAGCCUGGCGGGCGCGUGCACCAUCUGCAAACGCGUGGACGCCAACCAGCGCCACCUGAUCGUCGUGUACACGCGCGACCGCAGCCUGGGCGUGGCGGCGGCCAGCGAGGCGGAGCAGCAGGCGUGGUACAGCGCCCUGCUCGAGGUGCGAGCCGCCGCCUCCGGUGAGGCCCGCGCGGGGCUGGGUGGCUCUCCGCAGGACCCCGAGCCCUGGCUCCUCGCUCCCUUCCAGGACGUGUGGCCCGUGACGCUGCGGCCCAAGGGCCUGGGGCGGACCCGAGGGCUGGGCAGCGGGAGCUACCGGCUGUGCCUGGGCUCGGGGGUCCUGAGCCUGCAGAGGAAGCCCCGGGUCGGGUGCUCCGAGGAUGCCCGGGCGUCGCCGCAGCCCGCCCUGCGCCUGUCCCUGCUCAGCGUGCGCCGCUGCGGCCACGCCGACUCGUUCUUCUUCCUGGAGCUCGGCCGCUCGGCGCCCACGGGUCCCGGGGAGCUGUGGCUGCAGGCCCCUGACGCCGUGGUGGCCCAGAGCAUCCACGAGACCGUCCUGGCCGCUAUGAAGCGACUGGGGGACGGGGGUGCUUGUGGCAGGGACGCCCCGGCCAGCACCUCCAGACCCUGCAUUCCCCUCGCCUACGAGUCCCUGGCGCCCGCCCCGGCCAGCGGCCUGACCCUCCGGGGCUGCCCACCCCCGGGGGAGUGUCGCGAACCCGCAGCCUUCCUCCCAACGCUAGCCAGGCCCGGGCCGAACGCCCCCGACGGGCUGAUGCGGGUCGGGGGCUACAUCCGUAUGGGGGCCCGGCGGGACUACGAGCUCAUGGGGGGCGGCGAGGCCGGUGGUUACAUGGUGAUGGCGCCCCCAAGCCCCGCUGCCCACCCGCUGCAGCAGGAGUGCGUGGGCGCCGAGUACGAGCCCAUGAGCCACGACCCGCCGGGGUUCGUCUCCCCGGCCCGCUCCUGCUCCCCAGACGGCUGGGGAGACGUGCUAGAGCCGCAG